GCCGUUUCAUGGGCUCCCUCCCGCGCCUGUGCCUUCUUCCCUAUGCAGGUGAAGGGAAUUACCGUUAGGAUCACUCCGCUUCCGUGUGUCAGUCCCUUAGCAGAUAAUCUCGGGCAGUUUUAAGUAUUUUUCCCCCAGUGUUUUUAUUUUUGUUUUUUAUUGUCACAUUUAUGUAACAAGUGUUUGCCUGCACAUAUUAGAUCGGUGUUGCUGUCUAGGGCGCUGCAUGCUCUGGGAAUGCUGUAACCGGUGCUGUGUCUGAAUAUUAAAAAAAAUGUCUUUCCGUUGAAGAAGACAGGGGUUAAAAUGAAUGAAGAUCUGAAGGUUAAUUUGAGCUGGCUGCCUCAGGAUCAUGUAGAAGCCAGCUCUACCGAGAAUGCCUCAGCUGCAGGCUCCUCCCUGGUUCCUGUCGUAGACCCAGAGCCAGAGCUUUUGGUAAACCCCUGGGACAUUGUGUUGUGUACUUCAGGGACCCUUAUCUCCUGCGAAAAUGCCAUUGUGGUCCUUAUCAUUUUCCAUAAUCCCAGUCUUCGUGCCCCCAUGUUCCUCCUGAUAGGCAGCCUGGCGCUGGCAGAUCUCUUAGCGGGCAUUGGAUUGAUCAUCAAUUUUGUUUUUGCAUACCUUCUGCAAUCAGAAGCUACGAAACUGGUUACGAUUGGACUGAUUGUUGCCUCUUUCUCAGCAUCUGUUGGCAGCUUGCUGGCUAUUACUGUUGAUCGUUACCUCUCCCUGUAUUACGCUUUGACUUACAAUUCAGAGAGAACUGUCACUUUUACCUAUGUCAUGCUUAUAUUGCUCUGGGGAGCAUCUAUCUGUAUUGGACUGCUGCCUGUAAUGGGCUGGAACUGCCUCAGAGAUGAAUCCACCUGCAGUGUUAUCAGACCACUCACUAAAAAUAAUGCAGCUGUCCUUUCGGUCUCUUUCUUGCUUAUGUUUGCCCUCAUGCUGCAGCUCUACAUUCAAAUCUGUAAAAUCGUGAUGCGCCAUGCCCAUCAGAUUGCCUUGCAACACCAUUUCCUGGCCACUUCCCACUAUGUGACCACCCGAAAAGGAGUGUCUACUUUGGCCAUUAUUUUGGGGACUUUUGCUGCUUGCUGGAUGCCUUUUACGCUCUAUUCUUUGAUAGCAGAUUACACCUAUCCUUCUAUAUACACCUAUGCCACCCUCCUGCCAGCUACCUACAAUUCCAUCAUCAAUCCUGUAAUAUAUGCUUUCAGAAACCAGGAGAUACAGAAGGCACUUUGGCUCAUCUGUUGUGGCUGUAUCCCUUCUAACCUGUCUCAGAGAGCAAGAUCACCCAGUGAUGUCUGAUUGGCAGCUAGGAGGAUGCUCCUUAACAUGUUACUUUCCAGACAUUCUUGUGAUGCUGUCUUUGGUUUAGAUGCAUUCAUUAAAUGGUGUGUGAUGGGUUCAUAUAAAAACCACAGGAUGCACUGACCUUUUUGUAAACAGAAAACCCCAGUGACCAAAAUGAAUCAAGUGGUUUAAGGGAGAUUUCCAAAAUCAAAAUAAUCAGUGUUCUUACAGAUUUAUAAUGUUGCUCAGGGUCUUUUUGUUAUAUUACCCAGACUUUGCCAUGUUUGCCAUGAUUUUGCAUUAAUUUUGCUAAUUAAAAUUAAAUUAAAACAGCAUACCUCCUUUGAAACUGUUUAUAUGAUUGAGUUCAGUCAUACUGCAUGUUACAGUCUGUUGACAGGAUAUGUUUUCCCCCUCUAAUUCUUUUUAAAACAGAAAAGAAACCGUGAGUCCUGUUACCCCAUUGGUAUAUCAUCAGAAUACUCUCAAAAUAAUGGCCAAUUGUACUGAUUUAUAUGGUAUUUGCUGUAAUAAUCUCAGUGCAACAAAUUUGCUCUCAGUGAGGAAAUGCUUGUAUAGCUUUUUACUUUACAUCUCGGCAUGAAUUAGCUUGAUAAUUGUUUUAAAGGGUUACCUGUUCUCUCCUGAGUUCUGGCCGGAUGUUAAAACAGAUGAUAUGCUUUGCCUUCCUUUUCAAAAGUCAGCCAUAUGUUUUCACUUAGAUAUGGGACAUCAAAUCUCAUUAUACUAUUUUAAAAGGAAUUCAGGGGGGAUUUUCAAAUUGAUGAAACAAUAUGGCCUCAUUUGGCUGUGCAUUUGGAAUAGAUGCAACACUAAGUUUCUCAGACAAGUUUAUCUUUUUAGAAGUGUAUAAGAAAAUAUCUAACAAAAUAACCUACAAACUUUUGCUCACAACACAUAUUUAGCAUCUUCAUGAAAUGGUUCCCCUUGUUUGUUAUCAAGCCAAAGCUAUUACCACCUGUUUUCAUCGUUCUGCAAUAUCAUUUAAAAUACUGAUGUUUAUAAAUUCUCAGAGCUGGUUCACAAUUGUAUGCAACCAGAACUGCAACAUGAAACAAUAUUUUCUCCUUUUCUGACAGUUUAAUCCAUUAUAGAUUGUGAUUCUUCACACUGUACACGUCAGCUCACUUCAUUACAGGGUGAUAGUUCUGGUCUAAAAAGCAGAGCUUCCUCUCAUGAAUGGCUACAUUUCAAACUGCUGCUAACCUUUUACCGAAGCCGCAUUAGAAUGCACUAGAAAUAAAACAUUGUUUUCUAAUUUGAAGACUUGAUUGUCAGAGAGAAAGAUCUUCCUGGCAGAUGUCUUCGUGAACUUAAGGUGUACCCUAAUGUCAGUGCAUGGGAGUUCAUAGUGCCACUUCCAUUAGUGUUGAUGGGAGCUCAAUGUGUUAAUGCCCUGGCAUCAGUAGGAGGUUAUAUUCCCUUGAAUGUCAAAGUCAGCAUACUCUAUUGUUGCUUCAGUAUCUUACAUUACAGUUUAAAAAAACCCCAACAAACUAAAGUGUAAAAAUAGCAAUAUUUACAGUUGAAUGAAAAAAUAUACCUGUAUAGUAUAGAUAGUAGAGACAACUGUGUUGCUGGUCUGGAUUUCUCCAAAUGAAAUCUGACCUUUUCACAUGGACGUUUGGAUGACUGUAGCUUUUUGUGGCAAAGUUGCUGUGACGUUAAGAAUCAUAUGCUAUACACAAAGCCGAAUCUCAAAUGUGAAUGAGUUGUCUGUAAACAAGGCUCUGUAGAGAUUUUUAUGAGCAAUAAUUAAUUUUAGUUGCAAUGCUGGGUUCAACUUCCAUUAUUUACUUGGUUCAACCUUCAUGAUAUUUGGCUCUUACUUUGUAAUGUGAUUAGUUUAAUAAUUGCAUGGCAUGGUCCAGUAGAGCUGUGAACUUGCAGCUCCCUUGGCUUCACCGCUAUUUACAGAUGCUCAGCACAGUUAGACUAUGGCCCCUGCUCGGCAUAGGAUAUUGGUGUUCUUUAUCUACUUCUGAAUGCUAAUGAAACUCUAGUCAUUGCAUUUUGUUAGGAAUUUUUGUAUAAGAAAUAAUCACUUCAUAAAUAUCCAUGCAAUGUAUGCCUGCAGUUUUGCAAGUGUGCAAAGUAUUGGGAAUAAAUGGCAGUAAAAGUCAUGAGCUGCAUAAUGUACAGAGGCUGAAUAAUGUAGAAUGGCACUUUUAAAAGCAAAAAAUAAGUUAAAGUAAUGCAAAGUUUUUCCCCCCUCUUUUUUUUUUUUCCUCAUUUGUUUGUCUGUAUCAAGUUGCUAAAAAGUGUCAUGAAGAUGAGCAACUACAACUGUGACCAAAAUUCAAUCAUGAGGACAACUGUUGUUUUGCUUAUGCAGACCUGUUCUUAUCCUCUUGGAUAACCUCACAGGCACUAGUGUUUUUUUCCCCACAACACCCGGGUGGUAGGGAAGCCAGGAGAAAACAGCACAGGGGGAGAUAAUGUUGUUCCCUCUUCUUGUGGUGAUUCACCUAGUGUCGUUGUCAUCUUCCUCGUUCCACAGGCUGCUGAACUCCACAGAGGCUCUCCAGAGUGCUGGGGGAGCCGACCUUUUCCUUGUGCCAGAGCAGAGAGAUUUGUAAUUGGAAGCUCCUCUCCUGAGGAGCAGCGUAAGUCAAAUGGAGGGAAGAAGAAUUAAUUAUGAAGUCCCACAAAGCUAGCUCAUAGGGAUGUGAUUUGCCCUCGUUUGAGGAGGAGCACAUGGUUAUCUUUUACCACAGACAGAUGAGAAACAUGAUUAUGCCUCCCAAGUUACUGCUGUGACCUCCAUUGAGGAUGCUGCCUCUUCCAGAAAUAUGUUCUUAAAUUGAGACUGUGCAGCAUAGGCCAGAAAAUCCUACUGGAAGUCAAUGACAUAGGCGUGCCCACAGCUGUCAGACAGUACUGUAUAGAAGCUAUAUAACACACCUCUGAAUGAACUCUAGGACGUAGGGGUAGAGCUGUGGGUACAAAACUGCCUACCUCACUUGCACAAAAGAAACGCUUGACAGACAGCCACUUUUCAGACCCUGCGGCAUUAAGCAAUUCUCUGCUAUCACCUCAAAGUUACAGUGGAAGCCCUGGUUCUGCAUGGUGAGGUGCCAGUAUCCACCCAAGAUUCCUCUGAAACUGGCAGAAACCCAGCCAGCUUUCAGGAUUCUAUCAUUUUGUUUUCCCAUCAAACAACACCUGUGCGAAGGCCAGGUGUUAGAUUCACCAUUCUAUGUACAGUAAAGUAUUUUUCAUGUCUUCAUUGUAAUGACAAAGUACCUUUUUCUUACUGUGUAUUUUAGUUUAAAGAAUUGUUCAUUUUUAUUUAUUAAAACCACUUGACACAAAGUUAGUAACAACAGGUUGUAUCUUAAUGGGCAAAAUGUACUGUAGUCAAUUUUUUCAUAUAUUCAUCCUCAAGUCUUGGGAGAGGAUUUUUUUUUUUAAUUGUCUUUUUUUCUCUUAAACCAUUUCUCCUAACAGUAAAAUUUCAGCAAUAAGGGGAAAUACGUUUUUAGCAAUAAAAUAUUCCAUGUUGCGGAUACUAUAAACUGCGAAGUAAACUCAGAGCAAUAGAGAGGAAGCAAUAUAUUCUUUAGACAAAACCUAAUAACUUGCAUAAGCAGAAGUCUUCCUUUGUUAAGCAGUUGCUAUCAGACUGAUGUAACACAAACCAACCAGAAAUAGUGUCCCACAAUUACUGAGUUCCUGCAUAGAAUUACGCAUCAAUAACCUUCUACCUUAGUUCUUGGAUCCUGAACUCGUGCUAUUUGCAAGAGAGAAUUAUGUAUUGCAGUGGGGAUUUUUAUUCUUUUCAUUGUUUGGCAUUUAGUUGUACAGCAUUCUAUGGAUAAAUUUGUUGUGUUCAGGAUUCCCGAUUGUAACUUAAUACUAGGAACAUUCUUCACUAAACAAAAACUGAGAAUAUGUGAAUUUGUCAUGCCCAUCAAGAUGGAUAUGAUAAAUGGUGCUAGCCCAUCCUGAAGACAGCUUGUCUUUUAAAAGAACAAGGCUAUGGUAUCAUUGAAAAACACCCCUUCCAAAACCCAAGGUAUUCGGAAGCAAGCUGAAACGCCUGCUGUCACUGCUGCAUCUUCCUACCGUGGACACUCAGUGACAUAAGAAGCUGUGUCCAUCCUUCGUGUUCAGGGGCCAGCCUUGAGGCAUCUUGAAGUCACUAAAACUCCGCCAUGGACAGCAGUGAACUUUGGUUUAGACCAGCCCCUAUUCUGUCCCCAAAGAGUUAUUUUUCUGUUGUCUCAUUUUCUGAGGGAUUAUUUAGCUUUUAAAAAAUAAGAUACUUAUGGAUUCAUUUCUCAAAAGCAAUGAGCAGCCUGCAGUGUGACUGGAAGUUGGGAUAAAAUAGCAUCACUACAAACCAAGACCCUGAAAUAUAACUACACACUCAUUACUUU